AUGGCAGCUCCGAAGACCGCAGGUGUGGGGCCGCUGGUGGGAGCAGUGGUCCAGGGUACUAACUCCACUCAUUUUAUGGUUUUCAAUUCAAAAACAGCAGAACUCCUUAGUCACCAUCAGGUGGAAUUAACACAAGUGUUCCCAAAAGAAGGAUGGGUGGAACAAGACCCCAAGCUCAUUCUUCAGUCUGUGUAUGAAUGUAUAGAGAGAACAUGCGAGAAACUUGAGGAACUGCACGUUGACCUCUCCAACAUAAGAGCCGUGGGCGUCAGCAAUCAGAGGGAAACCACGGUGGUCUGGGACAGGCUCACGGGGGAGCCGCUCUACAACGCCGUGGUGUGGCUCGACCUGAGAACCCAGUCCACCGUGGAGCUCCUCAGCAAAAAAAUUCCAGGGAAUAAUAACUUCGUCAAGUCCAAGACAGGCCUGCCCCUCAGCACUUACUUCAGUGCGGUGAAGCUUCGCUGGCUGCUUGACAACGUGAGUCAAGUUCAAAAGGCGGUUGGAGAAGGCAGAGCUCUUUUUGGUACCAUCGAUUCCUGGCUUAUCUGGAGCAUGACUGGAGGGGCUCACGGAGGUGUCCACUGCACAGACGUAACAAAUGCAAGCAGGACGAUGCUCUUCAACAUCCACUCUCUGCAAUGGGACAAAGAGCUGUGCGAUUUCUUUGAAAUCCCAAUGGGCAUUCUUCCAGACGUCUGGAGCUCUUCGGAGAUCUAUGGCCUAAUGAAAACCGGGGCCUUGGAAGGCGUGCCCAUAUCAGGGUGCUUGGGGGACCAGUCUGCUGCAUUAGUAGGACAAAUGUGCUUCCAGGAAGGACAAGCCAAAAACACAUAUGGGACAGGCUGUUUCUUACUAUGUAAUACAGGCCACAAGUGUGUAUUUUCGGAGCAUGGCCUGCUGACCACGGUGGCUUACAAACUAGGCAAAGACCAGCCAGUAUGUUAUGCGCUGGAAGGUUCUGUUGCUAUAGCUGGUGCUGUUAUUCGCUGGCUACGAGACAAUCUUGGAAUUAUAAAGACCUCAGAAGAAAGUGAAAAACUUGCUAAAGAAGUAGGUACUUCUUACGGCUGCUACUUCAUCCCAGCCUUUUCAGGAUUAUACGCACCUUAUUGGGAGCCCACGGCAAGAGGGAUAAUCUGUGGUCUCACUCAGUUCACCAAUAAAAGUCAUAUUGCCUUUGCUGCAUUAGAAGCUAUUUGUUUCCAAACCCGAGAGAUUUUAGAUGCCAUGAACCGUGACUGUGGAAUUCCACUUAAUCAUUUGCAAGUAGAUGGAGGAAUGACCAACAACAAAGUUCUUAUGCAACUGCAAGCAGACAUUCUGCAUAUUCCAGUAAUAAAAGCCUCUAUGCCUGAAACGACUGCACUGGGAGCUGCCAUGGCAGCAGGAGCUGCACAUGGGGUGGACGUCUGGAGUCUGAAACCGGAGGAUUUGUCAACUGUCAUGAUGGAACGGUUUGAACCGCAGAUCAAGGCCACAGAAAGUGAAAUUCGUUAUUCUACAUGGAAGAAAGCUGUGAUGAAGUCAAUGGGUUGGGUUACAACUCAGCCUCCUGAAAGUAGUGAACCUACCCUGUUCUCUAGUCUGCCCUUGGGUUUUUUUAUAGUUAGUAGCAUGAUACUGUUAAUUGGAGCAAGAUACAUCUCAGGUAUACCAUAA